AUGUCACACGUACUUAUUCCUCUUCCCAUCGUGUCCAUCAUCGGCCGUAACGCCUACAAGCUUCGGUUGCCCGAGGAGUUCUCGCGUGUGCAUCCAGUGUUCCAUGUCAGUCUGUUGGAGCCUUAUCGCUCUCGUGCUCCUGCGCCUUCUCCACCACCUCCUCCCCCUUCCCACCUUUUGCCCGAGGCGCUUCCACCUCCUUCUCCUCCCCCUCCCUCUUCGUCCCCCGCUUCUUCCCCUCCUCCCACCCUCCACCCUCCCCCACCGACCGCCGUCAUUGUGGACUCUGCCGCGGAUCGUGCCACCGGGCUUCGUUAUUACCUCCAGGUGCGCGCCGAUGAUGGAUAUGAUUACCGCUCAUGGGUCCCUGCUUCUCAGUUGCCGCCAACCGACCCCCGUGUCCGGCUGUUCCACAAUACCCACCCGGACAAGCCCGGCUAUGAUCGGCUGCCCUCGUCCCCUUCCCAGACGGGUCGACGUAGUACAAGAAGGAGAGGGAGGCAGGAAGAUUUGUCACACGUACUUAUUCCCUGA